AUGGAGGAAGAGCUGAAAUGUCCGGUGUGCGGGUCCCUGUUCAAGGAACCGGUCCUGAUGCCUUGCUCCCACAACGUGUGCCUGGCGUGCGCGCGCAGCAUCAGCGUGCACACGCCGGACGGGGAGCCCGCCGGGGCCGUGCAGCAGAGCCGCGCGUCGGCGGCCGGCUCGGACUACGACUACCUGGACGUGGACAAGAUGAGCCUGUACAGCGAGACGGACAGCGGCUACGGCUCGUUCACGCCGUGCCAGCUCAAGUCGCCCAACGGGGUGCGGGUGUUCCCGGCCCCGCAGCGGCUGUGCUCGCUCACCUGCCCGCUGUGCCACCGCAGCGUCUCCCUGGACGAGCGAGGGCUGCGCGGCUUGCCUCGCAACCGGCUCCUGGAGGCCAUCGUGGCGCGGUACCGGCAGAACCGCGGCGCCGCCUGCGCCUCCGCCUCCGCCCCCUCCUCCGGCGCGGCCAAGUGUCAGCUGUGUGACCGCAACCCGGUGGACGCGGCCGUCAUGUGCGAGCAAUGCGACGUCUUUUACUGCAACGCCUGCCAGCAGAGGUGCCACCCGUCCCGCGGUCCGCUCGCCAAGCACCGCCUGGUCCCGCCGCCCCAGCAGCGGCCGGGCCAGCCGCCGGCCACAGCGCGCAAGCCUGCGACGUGCGCGGAGCACGAAGCGGAGAACUUCGUCUUGUACUGCUGCAACUGCAGGGCGCCCGUGUGCGCCAAGUGCGCCGAGGAGGGACGCCACGCCAAACACGACGUCACCAUCGCCCUCAUGUGGAAGCAGCACAAGUGUCAACUCUCGCAGGCCCUCAACGGCAUCUCGGACAAAGCCAAAGAAGCUAAAGAGUUCCUGGUGCAACUCAAGAACAUGCUGCAGCAGAUCCAGGAGAACGGCGUCGAGUUCGAGGCCUGCCUGGUGGCUCAGUGCGACUCGCUCAUCGAGGCUCUGACGCGACAGAAAGCCAAACUCCUGACAAAAGUCACCAAGGAGAAGGAAUACAAACUCAAGGUGGCGCGGGACCAGAUCACCCACUGCACCGUCAAGCUGCGGCAGACCACCGGCAUGAUGGAGUACUGCCUGGAGGUGCUCAAGGAGAACGACCCCAGCGGCUUCCUCCAGAUCUCGGACGCCCUGAUCAAGCGCGUGGCGUCGUCCCAGGAUCAGUGGGUCAAAGGCAACCUGGAGGCCAAGGUGGGCCCCGACUUUCAGCUGACCCUCAACACGGACGCCCUGCUCCAGACCAUCCUCCAGCUCGAUUUCUGCCAGGGCAAAGUGGAGUCGGGACCCUCGGUGCCACCGGCUCCCCUGCUGCAGCUGGAGAAGUGCUGCAGCGGCAACAACAGCGCCACCCUGGCUUGGAGGGUGCCGGCGCCCCAAGCGGCGCCCAUCGAGGGAUACAUCCUGGAGCUGGACGACGGCAACGGGGGGCAGUACAGGGAGGUGUACGUGGGGAAGGAGACGCUGUGCACGGUGGACGGCCUCCACUUCAACAGCUCGUACAACACCAGAGUGAAGGCCUACAACGCCGUGGGCGUGGGCGCCUACAGCAAGACCGUGGUGCUCAAGACCUCCGACGUGGCCUGUUUCGCCUUUGACCCCACUUCGGCUCACCGGGACAUCGUCCUGACCAACGAGAAUCAGACGGUGUCGUGUAACAGCUACGACGACCGCGUGGUGCUCGGGACCGCCGCCUUCUCCAAGGGGAUCCACUACUGGGAGGUGUGCGUCGAUCGCUACGACAACCACCCGGACCCCGCGUUCGGCAUCGCCCGCAUCAACACGGUGAAGGACAUGAUGCUGGGCAAGGACGACAGGGCCUGGGCCAUGUACGUGGACAACAACCGCUCCUGGUUCAUGCACAACAACUCGCACACAAACAGGGCAGAGGGGGGUAUCUCAAAAGGCUCGACGGUGGGGGUCCUCCUGGAUCUUACCAAACGCACUCUGACCUUCUUCAUCAACAAGGAACAACACGGUCCCACCGCCUUCGAGAACCUGGACGGCGUCUUCAUGCCGGCCGUUAGCCUCAACAGAAACGUGCAGGUGACCCUCCUGACAGGCCUGGAGGUCCCGAGGCUCCUCAAACAGUAGACGGCGCCUCCGACAAACGGACCGACCGUGGCAACAACCUGGUCUUCUGAAGGUUCCUCGGCGUCUCUGCUCCGUCAUUUUCUAACAGAUUAUUGUAGAUUUAACUUCAAGUCCGUCAGCUCGACACUUAACGGUCCCUGGCACCGGUACCAGUCCGAAGGCCGACACACACAAGCGCAAUUGUGUACGCGCACUCUGCAGGGCUUCGAUUUGUCAUUCGGCAUCAAGAUCCAACAACACGGUGCCUUAAGGAGGCAAAAAAAAUUAAACGAGGAAGACAUUUUCAGGUGACAGCCGCGAAGGACUUCAGUUCAAGCGCUGACUCAGGUUGUUAGCGCCAUGAAAUAUUUACAAAUUCAACUGCAGCAGCAGCUGCGAUGUCACUCGAGAUUCGGCGAGGAAAAAAUGUCUUCGUGGGGCCCGUUUUCAUUUGUCCACCACGCGAGAGAAAAAUACAACUUUCAGUCUCGAUUUAGUCAGAGGCGACGAAAGUAGACAUUUUGCAAAAUCCAAAUUUUAGUUUGGCUUCAUUUCACGCUGAAAACAAGUUUGUUGAUGUAGUUGAACGUUAGUGUGACGGAUAAACUCUUCCCAUUGAUGUCAAAAGAAGCUCCGCUUCCCCCCCCCCCCCCCACCCUUUGGGCCACUGUGUUACUUGUUUGUUUACACCAGAUGCAGAAAUGAGCCAAACUAUUAGCGGGUUCUGGGUUGGAGCUCAUUGUUAGCCUCAGCGCCGACAAACGGGCACUCCAAAAGAGCAUUUGCAGUUUUCCCAUCAGAAGACGACGAAUUAGAGCAUAAAAUGGGCUUUACGUGCUCCCGCUGACGACUCGCCAACCAUCCAAGAGAAAAUAUGUGCAGAACAACGGCGCCGUUUGCGAGCGAGAUGAAACGAGGCCGAGCGUCUUUCUCCCUCCCUCAAACGGCAUCGGUGAUGCGUUCGCGCUGAGCCCUUUUUAAGAUCUCAACACAAAAAAAGAGAAUAUUUCAUACACGAGCUUGGGACGGAGGUUUCAUUUUUUCGGUCACCUCAUUCUAAUUUUAUCUCACCCUCCCUGCAGUGUUGCCUUCAAAUCAACAAAAAGCGGCUUCACAUCAAACACGCCGCUGCAAAACAUCACUGUGACAAUGGCGAACAACACUUUGAAUAAUUGGAAACAAGUUUUCACUUGACGUGAUCGCUAAUAGCUCGCAUGAGAGUCUGCAGAAUUUCACCCAAAUGACUUGACCGGCGUUCCUGUGUUUGGGCACAGUGUAAAUAAUAAUUAUAAUAAAUAUGCUAAGAACCCUAAUGAGACAAAUGUGAGCAUCAGGAAAGUUUACAAAGUAUUUUUUUUUUUUUUGCCCUGCACCUCCACCUGCAAUUGUUGUAAAUAGCCUCCUGCAAUUUGUGCUGUAUUUUCUGAUUGUUUAUUCUUUUCCUGCCAAAUGCUACAAAAGCGCGCCCUCUGGUGUCUGGAGGAGGAGGUACAGCCACUCCGACCUCAGCCACUUGUUGAAAUGUGCUGACUGGUCAAAAGCCAUUACCGUAUAGAUACAUAUAAUUGGUUGCUUUUUUUUCCCAAGUAUAUACAUAUUUAUCCUUUGAUUUACCCUAGUCAAUGCUAUGAGAGGCAAAAGGUAUGCGAUUAUUUUUUUGGAAUGAAGUAUUACAGUUUUCAUAUAUCAUCUUAGCUCCACUCACAACACGCCCGACAUCUUCAAAUAUCGACAAAAGUAUUAACUCAGCUGCUUUGACUCACAUCUGAGUUGAUGUAAAUAAAAGAUUCUGGGUUACAUAUCAUGUCUGCGCACACAAAUAUUUUUUCCCAAAUUAGUGAGACUGUUAAAACUCGUGGAAAACAUUCAUAAAAUAUUUUAAGAUGUCAGAACUGCAAAAGGCGGAGCGACGUCAUAUGAAACCCAGCGGAUUAAAAAUAUGACGCCACUAAAGUUCAUGUGUGAGUAAAGCCAUGCGAGAGAAUACUUUUGUUCCAACAUAUUGUACAUAUUAUAUGGAUAAAUGUCUGGAGACACACCUCUUCAUCGAUUAUUUAAUCAUUUAUGGGUUGGACUGCAACCUUCUCGAGACUUUUUCAUCUCUUUUUUUUGGAAGCCGGCGACCUUUUUUUUUUUUUUUUUUUUUUUAAAUUUCGUGUCCGUCACGGCACAUUUGCUCGGCCACAUCCGAGCCAGAACUUCUUCUCAGGUCUGACACCAUCGACCGACGGCGUUCCUCCUCGCGAGAGUGGGGAGGGAACGCCACCUUGUCAACUUCCGGAAAUUUCUGCGAGCGGCUUUGUGAAAGGCCUCCCCGGGGAUCGAAAUUUGACCGACAAAAGCCCAAAGCUGUGAUUUGCCGACUUCAAAAAGUCGCUCGCCGUGGCGACCGCUUCGUGUGUGUGUGUGUGUGUGUGUUGUCGAGUAAUUGUGCGACAUUUUACCUCACACUCGCCCACCCAUGAAUGUCUUAAACUUUACAUAUACAGUAUAUAUAUAUAUUUCAAAGUACGGUGCUGGGUGCGUGCAUGUCCUGAUAUUGAAAAGGAUUUAUUGUUUCAAAUCUGUGAAUAUUUUUUUUUUUUUUGGGGGGGGGGGUGUUACGUCGCCCUCCUCUUCAGUUUCUUCCGUGUCAAAGUUGCUGCUGUUUCUAUUUCAAAGUGGAAAAAUACGAUAAGAGCUCAAUUAGCAUUUACU